AUGCUGGUGAGAUGGGAGCUCCCUAUACCGUACAUCUUAACGGAUUCAUUAGAGUUGAAUGCUAGAGGGGUAAUACUCCAGGCUUUUGAGGAAUACCGUUUAAGAUCCUGUGUGGAUUUCAAACCCUAUGAAGGAGAGGCAAGCUACAUCUCCUUCACACAGCUCUCUGGAUGCUGGUCAUAUGUUGGAGAUGAUAGAAGGGGACAGAAUGUGUCCAUCGGGGCCCGAUGUGACACUAAGGCCAUUGUACAGCAUGAGCUCCUGCACGCUCUCGGCUUUUACCAUGAACAGUCACGUUCCGACAGAGACGACUAUGUCAACCAGAUUGAAGAAGGAAAGGAGCACAAUUUCAACAAGUACAAGGAUGACUUCAUCACUGAUCUGAACACUCCAUAUGAUUAUGAGUCCAUCAUGCACUACAGGCCGCUUUCCUUUAACAAGAAUGAGAGUAUCCCUACAAUCACCACCGCCAUUCCAUUUUUUAAUGAGGUCAUCGGACAGCGACUGGACUUCAGCGCAGUGGAUAUCACAAGACUCAACUACAUGUACAGUUGUGCAAACACACACACUCUUCUGGACCAGUGUUCAUUCAAACUGAAUAACAUAUGUGGAAUGAUCCAUAAUGAGGAUGACAAUUCAGACUGGAUACAGACGUUGAGUACUCCUGCGGCUACAGAUCGCACCCUUGCAGGACGGUGCAGAGAUUCUGGCUACUUUAUGAAGUUUGACACAUCUUCUGGUAAUGCUGCAAACAGCGCCUUACUGGAGUCUCGCAUCCUCUACCCCAAAAGACAUGAGCAGUGCUUGCAGUUCUUCUACAAGAUGACAGGAGCAGCAGGGGACAAACUGGUUAUUUGGGUCCGGAUUGACGACGGAACAGGGACUGUUCGCAGUGUCAGGAAGAUCCACACCAUCACAGGUGAUGGAAAUAACGUGUGGAAAAUAGCCUAUGUAACACUUAAGAUGUCCCAGAAAUUCCGCUAUAUCUUCCAGGGGAUCAAAGGAUCACCCAGCUCCUCUGGUGCCAUCUUUCUUGUCUGGCAAAUUCACAACUUUUCUGGACUUCUUUCCAGCACCCCACCUGGCAGUCCAGUAAAAAGUUCUUGCUUUUACAACUCUGAGGGCAACUCGUUCGGAAUAAGCGUUUACCGAAAUGGUAAAGACAGUGCCUACCAAGGCUACGUGGGUCUGUUCUUCCACCUGUGCAGUGAUGAAGAUGAUGCAGUGAUGCAGUGGCCGGCCCAGAAUCGACACGUGACAUUUGUUACCAUGGACCAAGAUCCUGAUGUUAAAAUGAGGAUGUCAAUGGACAAGAUGUUCUAUGUAGAUGUCGAUGGCCGCUGGAGCAAACCAAGAGCUGCAUCUUGUGCAGUUUGGGAUGGUAAUUGCAACUGCUACUGAGGUUUAGAAAGAGGCUGGAGCACUUUUAUUUCUCACCAACAACUCCACAAGAGGAGUUUCAUUAAAAACAAUGACCUCAUCAUAUUUGCUGACUUUAAUGAUUUGACGCAUUUGAUCAAGUCUGAGGUUCCCAUCAAACCUGUUACACAGUGGAAAGAUACAUUGGCUGAGAAGCCAGUGGAAAUGAGCUUGGAGGUUUCCAAACCCAGAAAAGCACGUGCUGAUGCAGACCCAUGUCGUCCCAACCCUUGUUUGAAUUUAGGUGUUUGUGUGGAGAGAGAUGGAGCAGCAUCAUGCAGGUGUGACAUGGUGCUGGUCUUGGAGAAUGAGGAGGAAGAUGUGCUGGUGUUAUUGGGAGAGGAGGAGGAGGAAAAGAAGGAGAAUGGAACUGGAACCAACAAUAACCAGACCGGUAGAGACGCAGUGUGUAAGGCUGGGUAG